GUGGGUGUAGUGGCCACAGCCUCACAGGGUAGGCGAGGGUGGCUGGUGUCAACAGGGGGCGAAGAGGGGACCGGAGCCAAGACCCUCGGCCGCCUCCCCGCCGGCCUCCCGCAGAAUAAAGAUGAAACAUUUCUCGGAAGAGCGUGUUUAGGAAACCAUGUGAAUACUGAGUCGGGUCCUGAAUUCUGGAAUCACCGUUACUGCUGUUUUUAAGGACCUGUGUGCGUACCCACGUAACAUUUCAAAUCCUAGCUGAAAUCAUACUUACUUGUUUUGGUCCGUAGAGGCGUCUUUACGUAUUGCUGGUCAGCUAGCAAUGCUGGACUGAGUUCAUUACAGGGUACGUGUACUUGAAACAGAUCACAGCAAAGGGCCCGAGUAAUGUUAGCACCAGAUAACAAAGUAUCGAUGAGUAUAGGGCGUCCUUAGAACUCACGGUGCAAGCCUUUAUCUUUGGAACCUCCAAGCUAAGAGAGCUAGAACCAAGAUCAUCUCGAUUAAUUGCUGUGGAAGAACAGAGAGAGAGAGAGAGAGUUCCCCAGAUGACAUCGAUUUCUUAGUGGGAGUUGCCCGGUGACCUAGACAAGCGCUUGCAUAGUCCACAGGUGGCCCAGAAAUGUGAUGUGCUGCCCAAGGAAGCCAAAGGGUGGAGGAAGGUGGAGGCUUAUGUGUGCAGGUGUUUUCCUCCUUCCUCAGCUGUGCCGGGCCUCCCGGCGGAAGGCAUGGGCUCAGAGAGCAGCGCCCUGAAGAGCUACGCGCUGACGGAGCCCGCGUUCACCCUGCCGGCCGGCCUGGCCGUGCACCCCGCCGCGCUGCAGGAUGGCCGGCGCGCCUCGGUCUUCGUGUACCGGAGAGACCACGAGGACCGCGUGAACAAGGCCGCCAAGCAUCUGAAGACACUUCGUCACCCUUGCCUGCUGAGAUUUUUAUCAUGCACCGUGGAGGCGGAUGGGAUCCAUCUGGUCACCGAGCGAGUGCAGCCUCUGGAAGUGGCUUUGGAAGUGCUGUCUCCGGCGGAGGUCUGUGCCGGCAUCUACGACCUACUGCUGGCCCUCGUCUUCCUUCACGACAGAGGACACCUGACACACAACAACGUCUGCCUGUCAUCUGUGUUUGUGAGUGAGGACGGCCACUGGAAGCUGGGGGGGAUGGAGACCGUCUGCAAAGUUCCUCAGGCCACACCCGAGUUUCUGAGGAGUAUUCAGUCAGUAAGAGACCCAGCAUCUAUCCCUCCUGAAGAGAUGUCUCCAGAAUUCACAACUCUGCCAGAGUCACAUGGACAUGCCCGGGAUGCCUAUUCAUUUGGGACAUUGGUGGAAAGUUUGCUCACAGUCUUAAGUGGACAGGUUUCAGCGGACGUUCUCUCCAGCUUCCAACAGACCUUGCACUCAACCCUGCUGAAUCCCAUCCCCACAUGUCGGCCGCCGCUCCACACCUUACUGUCCCAUGACUUCUUCAGGAAUGAUUUUCUAGAAGUUGUGAAUUUCUUGAAAAGUUUAACAUUGAAGAGUGAAGAGGAAAAAACUGAAUUCUUCAAAUUCCUGCUGGACAGAGUCAGCUGCUUGUCCGAGGAGUUGAUCGCCUCGCGGUUGGUGCCUCUUCUGCUUAAUCAAUUGGUGUUUGCAGAGCCAGUAGCCGUUAAGAGUUUUCUGCCUCAUCUGCUUGGCCCCAAAAAAGACGGCGCGCGGGGAGAAGUGCCUUGCCUGCUGUCGCCGGCCCUGUUCCGGUCGCGGGUGAUCCCUGUGCUGCUGCGGCUGUUUGAGGUGCACGAGGAGCACGUGCGGAUGGUGUUGCUGUCUCACCUGGAGGCCUACGUGGAGCACUUCACUCCGGAGCAGCUGAAGAAAGUCAUCCUGCCACAGGUCUUGCUGGGCCUGCGUGAUACCAGUGAUUCCAUUGUGGCAAUUACUCUUCAUAGCCUAGCAGUGCUGGUGUCCUUACUUGGACCAGAGGUGGUUGUGGGAGGUGAAAGAACCAAGAUCUUCAAACGCACUGCCCCAAGUUUUACUAAAAUGGUGGACCUUUCCCCAGAAGGUGAUCAAUAUUCUCAGCCUAUCAAAUUCCCCAUGAACGGACUCUCUGAUGUGAAAAGUACCUCAGGAGACCGUGAAAACUUCUCAUCAAGUUCUAAGAAGUCUGAGGAGUGGCCCGACUGGAGCGAGCCGGAGGAGCCUGAAAACAAAGCUGUCAGCAUACAGAUUGGUCCCGCGGAACCCCGCGAUGCCUCCACGUCCCCGCUCCCUAACUUGAACACGGAGGAGGCGUCAUGGGAUGACUUUGAGCCCAGCAGCUUAGACAGUGAAACAAACGCGGGAGGAGGAGUCCCCGCUGUGAGACCUGGGGCCGCAGGGGGACCUGAGCCCAUUCCUGCCUUGUUUUCACUCACUGAAGAGCCCAAGCCUUCGAAACCCGGCCUGUGCCAGAAGGCCGGUCUUGCGCCAAGUGGGGAUGACCCGGGCCACACCGAGCCCCCAAAAGUGUCACCAGAAGGACGCCUUAAGGUUCCGUCCGAACUGGGUUUAGGAGAGGAGUUUACCAUUCAAGUGAAAAAGAAGCCAGUACGAGAUCCAGAGUUGGACUGGUUUGCGGAUAUGAUCCCAGAAAUUAAGCCUUCGGCUGCUAUUCUCAUUUUGCCUGAACUGAGGACAGAAAUGAUGGUUUCCGGCAAGGAUGACGUCCCACCAGUGAUGCAGUUUUCCUCGAAAUUCGCUGCAGCAGACCUUACCGAGGGAGAGUCCGAAGGCUGGGGAGACGAAGGGGAGCUGAACUGGGAAGAUCACAACUGGUGACACCGGGCGGAACUUUAGGGCAAAGGAUUUCUUUAAAAAAUCCAACUAAUACCUCAAAAGCGGGCUCUGCAGACCGGAAAACCCAGAAGCACCGUUUUCCCUGCCUGUGCCAACUGAAGCGUGAGCCCCCGAGUGGCGGCGCCCGGGCACCGGUCCUGUGGAGGGGCCUGGGCGCGUCUGCCUGAGGCCAGUUUCUGUGAAGGGCAAGCAGCCGUGGAAAGGUUGAAUUUACUGCUUGUUUUCCAGGACAAUUCCAGAGGUAAAGAAAAUAAAUACAAAAAUUCAAGCUGAUUAGCUUAAUUCUGUGCCAUUUCUUUAACAAAAGAGUAAGCUUUACUACGAGAUACAACUUACUGAAAAAGUUUUAGCUAUAAAGUAUCUAAAUGAUUUUAGAUUGCUGAGGUUUCCUUAGGCAGCUUAUUUAUUUGUUUACAGAUGUACGAGUGAGGGGCCCUGUGGGGACCUGGGCAGUUCCUGACUGUUCCACAUGUAUCACGUUGUACCAAAGCUCUUCAUGAGAAACCUCCCCCCUCGACCUGUUCUCUAAAUAAAUGUCCAAUAAAGACUAUUUUCGCUAGA